AAGGUGCCAUGGAAAUCUAUGCUGUGACAACUGGAUACAGAGAUAUCUUCGUAAUCAUUGAGAAGAUCCUGAGGUACACGCGUACAACGGAAGACGUUAUCGUCUUCCUGGAGACGAUAAUGAAAUCUACAAACUCAUCGAACAUCAGGGUUGCUACCAACAAACUUAAGAAGUUGACCAAUCAGAAGGGACUAUUCGAGGCAAUCGAGGUGAUCUAUUCAAUAGUUCGUAUAGAUGUCAUUACCUUCUUCGAAGCUAUCAUUACCCUCAGCAAGCGAUUCCGUUUUGACGAAGUCAUUACUAUCUUCGAAGACUACACCGAGGCAAAAGAUUUCAUUGAGUCUUUAAGAAGAUUACGAGCAUACACUGGAGAAGAAGAUAUCCUAAAAGCAAUCGAACACAUAAAACAAAACAAACCCAAGAAGAUUACAAUGACUACAACAACCACUACAACCACUCAGAAACCUCUGACUGCGAUCGAGAGGCGGUUGAUGAGGAUCACAGGUUGCCAUGAUAUGGAACAGGUCCAGGAGGUGUUUAAGAAAGUUUUUGGUUCAAGUG